CCUGGCCACGACUUGGCGAUCCUGGUCAUGUGCCACCACAACAUCAUCUCGACAGGCACGUUUGGCUGGUGGGGAGCUUGGCUCAAUCGAGGCAUGACCAUAUUUUAUCAAGAUUGGCCUAAACCAAACAGCACAUUAGCUUCUUUAUUUGUAAAAGAUGAAUUUUUCCUUCCAUACUGGAUAGGAAUGUCU